GGAAACUGACAAUCACGGACCCCGGUGAUAAGCGCGCGCCGUUCUUUAAAGUUCAAAACAUAAGACUCAUCCUUGGUGGAGCCUGUUGCUGAACACCAGGCCUUUCAAGAUGGUCCUCAGUAUUCUUAGCAUCCUUGUUCUUUGGGAACUGGUGCUUUUCAUCGACCACAGGGCCGCGUUGGCAAAGGUAGGGCAGCCUGACGUUGCCAUCCUGGCUGAGGACCCUAGCUGGCCCCUGGUUCGGGAGCUGCUAGAAGAGGCUCCCGGCAAGCAGCAGAGGAAGCCACAGCUCCAAGGACCCCAACUGCAAUACAUGCUGAAGUUGUACCAGAGCUCAGCUGACUCACUUGGGAACCCUAGGGAGAACCGCACCAUUGGGGCCACCAUGGUGGCGCUGGUGAGGCCCUCGGCCAACGCAGCAGAGCCUCUCAGAGGCCCCUGGCAUUUACGGACCCUGGACUUUCGUUUCACAGGAAACCAGGCAGCACACAGGCUUGUGAGAGCCACUGUUAUUUACCUCCAACAAGUCUACGUCGGUCACUUCCACUUCUCCUGCCAUGUGGAGCCUGGGUUCAGGAAAAGCCCAACCAACCACUUUCCUCCUUCAGGAGGAGGUUGCUCAAGGCCUUCCGUGCUGUCUGAAUCUUGGACAGAGAGGGAUAUCACAGAAGAGGUUUGGCAAGGGUUUUGGAAUCACAUGGGGCAAAGUUUCUGGAAUCACACGGGGCCCAGGGUCCUACGUCUCCAUUUUCUAUGUCACCAGGAAAAUGGGAGUAGAGGUAUUGAACAACCAUGGACUGAGACUUUGUCAUUGGACCUUGGAUUUUUGCUAUUAUACAUCAAUAAGACAUAUAAAAGUGUUCAAAAUGCUCAGUCUUCUUCCAGGAUCCUGGAUGAGUCUGAAGAAGGGGAAUGUCCUCUUCUCUUGGAGAGAACCCCUCGAGAAAGCAGCGUUACAUCUCAGCUUCCUGGCUCUUCCCGGGAACGUAAUGGUCGUGGAAAUGACCUGUGUUCCCUCCACCGUUUCCAAGUCAGCUUUCGCCAGCUGGGCUGGGAUCGCUGGAUCAUUGCUCCCCGUCACUAUACCCCGAACUACUGUAAGGGAGUCUGCCCUCGGGUACUUCUCUAUGGUCUCAAUUCCCCGAAUCACGCCAUUAUUCGGAGCCUGGUAAAUGAGUUUGUGGACCAGAGUGUCCCUUGGCCCUCGUGUGUCCCUUAUAAGUUUGUCCCCCUUAGUGUCCUCCUUAUUGGCCCAAAUGGGAACAUCUUGUACAAGGAGUAUGAGGAUAUGAUUGUUCAUUCUUGUACCUGCAGGUAAAAGCGAAGAUAAUAGCUUUCAGAAUUCCAUAACCUUUUGGCUAAAGUUUAAUAUAAACACAUGAAAGCUCUCCAUAAUCUCUGCACUGUGAUUGUGUAUUUAAGUGAUGGC